AUGUAUACCCAAUCACCUUUUACACCUGCUCAGAUUGAAGAGAAGCUUCAACAGACUAUAGUUGCACUUCAAUUAAAAGAAUUUAAAUCAAUUAGAAAGGCUGCAGAGCAUUUUGAAGUCCCCAAGUCCACUCUAGCCGAUAGGCUGGCUGGGAAGAAAACACGUUCCCAAACCCACGAAAUGGCUCAAAUUCUUUCAAACGCAGAAGAAAAUACUCUUGUACGAUGGAUUUCACGACUCACGAUCACUGGAUUCCCUGCUACACCUAUGUUGGUGAAGGAAAUGGCCGACGAAAUUCGUCUUCGACAUGUUCAGGUCGCGUCAUCUCGAAUUCCUACCUCGACAGAAAUUCCACCUAUAGGCCACGAAUGGAUCUAUAGAUUCCAAAAACGACAUCCAGAACUUAAAAUAUGCUAUUCACAUCAAUUAGAGUCUAAUCGGGCUAAAAAGGCAACUCCGGAGAAUAUUCAGACUUGGUUUGAUGCAUUUCAUACAUAUCUCAUUGAACGAAAGUAUGAAUUAGAUGAUAUAUAUAAUAUGGACGAAACCGGAUUUGGAGUUGGAAGUACUCAAAGUACAUGCAUUAUAGUCGAUUCUACUCAGAAAUCGAAUUGGAAAGUUACAACUGGCAAGCAAGAAUGGAUAACUGCAUUUGAAUGUAUCAAUGUAGCUGGAAAGGCUCUAUUAUCUAUAGUCAUUUUCAAGGCUCAGAAUACGAAUUCUGUAUGGAUUCCAAAGGAUACACCUCAAAGCUGGUAG